UAAGAGAAAUCUAUAAAUACAAGAGCGUGUACACCAUUCCCAAUUUCCCACUUCCCACUUGCCACUUCCCUCUCACUCUCAUCUUUCAUUUCGCCUGCUAGAUUCUUGGCCUGUUCACUGUUGGAGCUCGGAAAAAUGACAACUGAUCCAAACCCUAACAAUGGCGGAACUCAGGAGGAGGCCUCUUUGAAGGUUCCCUCCAAGGACCGCAAGAAGAAGAGACACGAGAAGGGGCAGGAAGAUCUUUCGGAAGAAGAUUUAGCCUUGAAGCAGCAGUUGGAGCUCUAUGUUCAGAGAGUUCAAGAUCCUGAUACGGACUUGCAGAGAGUCGCCCUCGAGUGUAUGAGGCAAGAGAUACAAACCUCAACAAGUUCCAUGCCUUUAGUUCCGAAGCCACUGAAGUUUCUUCGUCCUCAUUAUGGAACUUUAAAAGCAUAUUAUGAUACAAUGACAGAUUCCCCUGAAAAAAAAUACCUAGCCGACAUACUUUCAGUUUUAGCUUUCACUAUGUCGGCAGAAGGAGAACAGGAGUGCCUAAAGUACAGGUUAUUAGGUUCAAAUGGAGACAUUGGGUCAUGGGGUCAUGAGUAUGUGAGGAACCUUGCUGGAGAAAUAGCACUGGAAUAUGCAGAAGGACAGAUGGUGGAUGCCCCAAUAUGUCCGUUAGGGGUUGCGACGCAAAUUACUGCUUUCCAUUUGAAGCACAAUGCAGAACCUGAAGCUGUGGAUCUGCUGAUAGAGGUUGAUGACCUCAAUACGUUAGUUGCACAAGUUGAUGCUACAAACUACAAAAGGACAUGCUUGUACCUCACCAGUUCUGCUAGGUAUCUUCCUGAUCCGGAUGAUAUACUAGCACUCGAUAUAGCAUAUAUGAUUUAUUUCAAGUUCAAAGAUUACCCUAGUGCACUUCGGAUUGCACUUUUCCUUGAUAACAUGCAGCAUGUGGCGCAGGUGUUUACAUCUUGUGAUAAUCUGCUCCAAAGAAAACAGUUCUGUUACAUUAUUGCCCAGCAUGGUUCUACCAAUGAAUUGGAUACAGGGAUAGCAGAUGGAGAUGAGAGGGAGGCAUUGGAUGAAAUCCUCUAUAACACCAGGUUAAGUGAAUGCUAUCUUACUCUUGCCCGUGAUAUAGAGGUCAUGGAGCCGAAAUCUCCGGAAGAUAUCUAUAAGGUGCACUUGAUUCAUGGCCGGGCAAGUGCUGGUGCAAGUGUUAACUCUGCUACGCAGAACCUAGCAGCUACAUUUGUCAAUGCCUUUGUGAAUGCUGGGUUUGGCCAGGAUAAGUUUAUGACUGUCCCUUCAGAAUCUUCAAGUGGUGGUUCUAGUGGCAGCUGGAUAUUCAAGAAUAAGGAACAUGGGAAGGCAAGUGCUGCUGCGAGCCUGGGUAUGAUUCUGUUAUGGGAUGUUGAUUCUGGCCUUGCACAAUUUGACAAGUAUUUGCACAGCAACGACAACCAUGUCAUUGCUGGUGCAUUAUUGGGAGUUGGCAUUGUCAACUGUGGUAUCAAGAAUGACUGUGAUCCUGCAUUGGCACUUCUGGGUGAUUAUAUCGGAAAAGAAGAUCCGACUAUUCGAAUUGGUGCCAUUAUGGGCCUUGGCCUUGCUUAUGCAGGAACCCAGAAUGAGGAGAUAUGGUAUACAUUGUCUCCAAUAUUGGAAGAGGAGAAAGCUCCUCUUGAUGUGAUUGCCUUUACAGCAAUCUCAUUGGGCUUGAUAUAUGUGGGCUCAUGCAAUGAGGAAGUUUCUGAGGCCAUUGUCUCUGCCUUGAAAAAUCAGACUAAGCCAGCAGUGUGUGAGCCUCUAAUCAGGCUUCUGCCUCUAGGGCUUGGUCUUCUUUACCUUGGGAAGCAGGAAAGUGCUGAUGCAGUCGACAAAACUUUUAACGAAAAUAUUAGAAAAUAUUGUGAUAUGACGCUGAUAUCUUGUGCUUAUGCUGGAACAGGAAAUGUGCUCAAGGUUCAGAAAUUUCUAGGGCAUUGUACUCAACAUUUUGAAAAGGGUGGGAUCCACCAGGGACCUGCUGUUCUUGGGAUUGCUAUGGUAGCAAUGGCUGAAGAGCUGGGUCUUGAGAUGGCUAUACGAUCAUUAGAGCAUUUGCUGCAGUAUGGAGGGAAGAAUAUCCGCCGGGCAGUUCCUUUGGCUCUUGGUCUCCUCUGUAUUUCCAACCCAAAGGUCAAUGUUAUGGACAUGUUAAGCAGACUCAGCCAUGAUACAGAUUUUGAAGUAGUAAUGGCUGCCAUCAUCUCCUUAGGUUUGAUAGGUGCUGGCACAAACAAUGGUCGAGUAGCUGGCAUGCUUCGGAAUCUUUCAAGCUAUUAUUACAAAGUAGCCGGUCUCCUUUUCUGUGUCCGAAUAGCUCAAGGUCUUGUUCAUCUGGGGAAGGGUUUGCUGACUCUGGCUCCAUUCCAUUCUGAACGAUUCCUGUUGUCUCCGAAGGCACUAGCUGGAUUACUUAUAUUAUUGCAUGCCUGUCUGGACAUGAAAUCAAUCAUCUUAGGAAAAUAUCACUAUGUUCUAUACUUCCUUGUAUUGGCAAUGAAGCCUCGAAUGUUGAUGACUGUGGAUGAGAACCUGAAACCGCUGUCCGUGCCUGUUUGGGUAGGUCAGGCAGUAGAUGUGGUUGGCCAGGCUGGUCAGCCCAAGACCAUAACUGGAUUCCGAACACACUCAACCCCAGUUCUGUUGGCUGCUGGUGAUAGAGCCGAACUAGCAACCGAGAAAUAUAUUCCACUUUCGCCCAUUCUGGAGGGCUUUGUCAUCUUGAGAGAAAAGCCGGAUUAUCAAGAGGAUCGCUGGCCCUGAUUCUGCAGCAACUGGAAGAUGACAAAAUUCCCUGGGGCCUGGUGCAAGUCCCACGACUGGCCUGGCCGUCAUGCUUGAGUAUGAUAUGGAAGUGACUGUUGCCUGUGCAAAUGGAUAACACCUAUAGAAGGAGGUUUCUUCCGAUCAUUUGUUGAACUUAGGGAUUUGAAAAAAGACCUUGUGGUGUCUCUGCAGAUAUGCCUGGGGUCAUCUGUUUUCCUUGAAAGGGGAAGGAAGAGAAGGGGAAAGGGAAGAUAAUUGGUUGUAUCUAAGACAAAAGCUUAAAGGUAUAUGCAUUUUGUCUUUUUCUGUUCCCAUUAAUUGUUUGAUUGAAUUAUUAAAUCUCUCUCUGCUGAAAAUAUUCCCUCCUCGGAGGGUCUUAGAAAGUUUGCCUGCUGGGCUUCCAGUUGAGCAUAUCGUUUACAUGGAUUCCUUUGGGACACAAUUUCAAGAUGGCUGAAUAUUUGGCAUUUUAUUCCUUGAAAGCAUGCCCUUGAAAUUUGUUUGGGGUGUUGGGGCGUCUCAUAGACGCCUCAUUAUCAUGAGAGGCCUGGGUUUGCGUAAUAAAGCCUUCUUAGGUAGCAUGGAGGUUGUGGAGUGAGCUGAAUUCUAUGUGGGCACACUACUUCCCUCAAUGUGAUUUCUAAAAAAGAAAAUAUGGGUUGUAAUCCAUCUUGGGCAUGAAGAAGUAUAGCGAAGUAUAAUGGAGGAGAGGAAAGUUCUUAAGGCUGGACUUCUGUGGCAUGUUGGUUCAGGAGAGAAGGUGCACAUCUGAUCUGACAACUGGGUUCCUGGUUUGCCUGGUUAUAAAAUUCAGUAUCCGCCAACUGAAUAAAUAGAUCAUGAUAAUUGCUGUUGAAAACUGCCCAUCAUAUACUGUAUAACUGUGGAUUGAGAAAGAACUUGCUAAACCUUUAUCAGCAGCUGCUUAUAGGUGGAAGGAAGUGCUGUCAUCAGUAUGGAAGGCAAUACACUGCCACAAAUUAAGAGUUUUUUAAUGGAGAGCAAUAGGUGAUGGUAUUGCAUUGGCAUCAGCUUUAAAUCAGCGGCAAAUCCCUAUUGACACCCAGUGCCACAAAUGUGGUGUAGAAGCUGAAACGAAUGAUCAUAUCUUGCUGAACUGUCCCUUUGCAAGGGCUGUUUGGUUCUGGUGUAUUUCACUUAUUACUGUUGAUAAGGCUCUACUAUAUAGAUGUAUACAAGGAUGGUCGGUCUUCUCCAGUCAGGGCAAAAGAAUUGCGAAAGAGAAUAUCCUUAUGCUCUUUCUUAUGGUGAUAUAUUAAUUGGGAAGGUGGUUGCCAUCCGUGAGGGUCUUAUGGAAUCUCUUUAGAAGGCGCUUAUAAGCACUUGGUGGAAUGUGACAACCAGGAAGUGGUUUUGUGCUUGCAACAGGACUCAAGGGGUUCGGCCCUGUUGAUUAGGAUGAUUGUUGAUGAUACAUGAUGCGUUUCAUCUUACUUUGAUCAGUGUAUUUUCAUUUGUAAACUCUACUGCAGACUCCCUUGUUAGGAUGGCCCUAUCUGUUACGUAUAUGAUAGUUUGGCCUUAUUUUGAUCCUUUUUCUAUCUGUUGAGGCUAUUACAGAUGGCUGGCGUAUAAUCCAUUCUAAUCAAUAGAUGUGCUUUCUACAAAAUAAAAUAAAAUCAUGAGGCCCACUAUACAGGCCAAAUGAGUCGAGCCACACCCUACCUACAAUCCUGGUUCCGAAACUCAUGUUGAAACCUGGAAUUUGCCUGCCCUGAUUCCGAGUUACAUGAUUCUUGAGAGGUAUGGGUGGAUCGGAGAAGCUUCAGGCAUCGAUGAAAUUGAAGGGAUUCUGAUACUCAGUACCAUCAACUUGUUCCCUUUGGUCACCACAGUUGUUACUCUUGAUGACUGGAGAUGCUUUGAAUGGCAGGUCGAUUGCAGCUAUUGAUGUCCAUUAUCACUCGAUCAAAUGCAUCUUUGAGGUAUUCGGAGUCCACAAAAGGUGCUCUAAGUCAAUCUUCCACCAUCAGUGCCAAGUUCUUUUCAUUUUUCGGACAGAGAGGAGUAAGGUAAAGUGAGGUAAGGUGGAGACUUGCCCUUCUCUCUUCAACUUCCGAUGGACUUCAAUAAAGAAACCAUACAACUCAAGGGGAAAACAGGGCAAGAAAUGGUCAGGCAUAACAGUGUGAGGACUAUGGUCCACUCCAACGACAUCGUUUGCUGUAUAUUGUGGACCAGCAAAACCUAGUUGUUGAUCUACACAGCCCUGGCCCGUCUACUUGGUGAAGUCUGUCCAUCUUAUCCAAAGACUCCAGUAGGAACUCGACCGAAGAGGGAAGCUAUGGUUGUUCAGGAUCCAAGCAUGUGUGAUAUGGGUCAAGGGGUGCUGAAUCUGAGGGGUAUAGCUCGUCUCAUAAGGAGAUUACAGACGAGGAGGCCAGGUUCAUCCACAUCAAUGAUCCUCAAAAGACGAACAAUAAGUUUGAAUUCGCAAGAAAUUCGAUCAGAACAAGCAAGUAUUCUGUCCUCUUUUUCUUACCCUGAAACCUGUUUGAACAAUUUCACCGUGUUGCCUACAUAUAUUUUCUUGUAAUUGCUAUCCUCAAUCAGCUGACAAUACUAAUUGCUUUAUAUCCAGAAUAUCUAAUUUAGUCUUCCCUUC